AUGGGCCGUUCUCCUUGCUGUGAGAAAGCCCACACCAACAAAGGUGCAUGGACCAAAGAAGAAGAUCAGCGCCUCAUCAACUACAACAGAGCCCAUGGCGAGGGCUGCUGGAGAUCUCUCCCCAGAGCCGCAGGUUUGCUGCGUUGUGGAAAGAGUUGCAGAUUAAGAUGGAUAAAUUACCUGAGGCCUGAUCUCAAAAGAGGCAAUUUUACUGAAGAAGAAGACGAGCUCAUCAUCAAACUCCAUAGUUUACUUGGAAACAAGUAAGCCCCCUUCUCU